AGUCGCCUGUGAUUUAACGCCCGUAAUAUUAGUACCUUGGUUUCGUCCAGGUUCCCAACCGUCGAAGCAAAGGUCGAUAGAUACAUGCAUAUAUAUACACACACAGUACUUGAGAUUCGCGAGUGAUUUUAUAAUCUCCAUAGCGAUUUUUAAAUUCUAGGCAGUUCUAUCAAUCUGUGUAGAAAGAGGAGUGAAGGAAACUCAGUUCGUAGUUGGCGGGUUUUUUCCGUCGGUUUUUGUGGGGUAAAAAUUGGCUCGGGAAAGAGAUUGUGAACUGGGAACCGGUGAAUUAGGGUAAAAUAUUGCACUCAAUAUUUUGAUGGUGCAAUAAAUGUUCUGUACAUGGAAAUCAGUUAUCGUGUUUCGCUGUUGAUGGUUAUGUGGUGAAACAAGUUAACUUGGAUGCUGUGGAUGCUGCUGCGGUGUUCUUCUGAGCUGGUUUUGUCAAUCGGCUAAUUUUUUGGAGGAAAGUGUGUUUCUUGUAGGCUAAAUGAACUAGUUAGCAGGUUAUGUUCGGUUGUGUAGCAGUUAUUUAGGGUCUAUAUUGAUGGAACGGAACUUUUGUUGAUGUGUUGAGGAGCUUGCUCUAAAUGGGGUGGAAAGGGAUUUUAGUUUUGUUGCCAUGUCUUGCCACUUUGGGUGAAUCAACUAACAGACUGGAAAGAUUUUGGUCUGCCAAUCUGAAUGCCGGGACUUCAUCACUCUACAGCUGGGUGGUUACAAGUGCAGCUGUUUUUGUGGCAGUGGCUCUUAUUCUUUCCAUGUACCUUAUUUUUGAGCAUUUAGCUGCGUACAAUCAGCCAGAGGAGCAGAAAUUCUUGAUUGCGCUCAUUCUAAUGGUACCUGUUUAUGCAGUGGAAUCGUUCUUAUCGUUAUUAAAUUCUGAUGCUGCCUUCAACUGUGAAAUUGUACGAGAUUGUUAUGAAGCAUUUGCUUUAUAUUGCUUUGAGAGAUAUCUCAUCGCCUGCUUAGGUGGGGAGGAAAAUACCAUUGAAUUUAUGGAAAGUCAGAGCUUGGCCACCUCUAGCGUACCUCUUUUAGAUGAAGCUUAUGCUUAUGGAGUUGUUGAACAUCCUUUUCCAUUGAAUUGCUUUCUAAGGGAUUGGAAGCUUGGCUCUGACUUCUACCAAGCUGUGAAAAUUGGGAUUGUUCAAUAUAUGAUAUUGAAGAUGAUAUGUGCAUUAUUGGCGAUGCUUUUUGAAUUUUUGGGUGUUUAUGGUGAAGGAAAGUUUGAGUGGCGAUAUGCUUAUCCAUAUUUGGCCGUUGUACUGAAUUUCAGCCAGACUUGGGCCUUAUAUUGCCUUGUGCAGUUCUAUUCUGUUACCAAGAAUAAGUUGGCGCCAAUUAAACCUUUGGCCAAGUUUUUGACAUUUAAGUCGAUUGUAUUCCUGACAUGGUGGCAAGGUGUUGUUGUAGCCUUUCUUUUCUCUUUUGGAGCCUUACAGGGGUCAUUGGCACUGGCUCUGAAAACACGGAUACAAGACUAUAUCAUAUGUAUUGAGAUGGGUGUUGCUGCUGUGGUACAUCUUUACGUUUUCCCAGCUGUACCUUACAAACGUGGAGAGAGAUGUGUAAGAAACGUUGCUGUGAUGGCAGAUUAUGCAUCCUUAGGAAGCCCACCAGAUCCUGAAGAGGUUCAAGAUUGUGAAAGAUCUACCAGAUCUCGCUAUUCUCAGCAUGAAGAUAGAGAGAAACGGCCUAAACUACACCAAAGCGUCCGUGAUGUGGUCAUUGGAAGUGGUGAAAUUAUUGUUGAUGACAUGAAGUUCACAGUUUCGCAUGUUGUAGAACCAGUUGAAAGAGGGUUUGCAAGAAUCAAUAAGACUUUCCAUCAGAUAUCUGAAAACAUGAAACAAUAUGAGGAGCGUAAAAGGAAUUCCAAGGAUGAUAGCCAUCUUGUCCCCUUGAACUCGCGAACAAAAGAAUUCUCUGAUGUGCAUGAUGACCUUAUUGAAGGAAGUGUUAGCGACAGUGGUUUGUCCGAUGGGAAGAGACCUCAUCACAAAUUUAAGGCAUCAUCAUCUCGGUUGAAGUACAGAUAAGGCAUCCUUUUAUCUGCCCCAGAAAGUGAACACAAGUGGUUAUUGCCUGACUGCACUAGAACAUUAUGUCUGAUGGCCCCCCCCCGGUUUUACGGGCAUUUAAAGGCAGUUGGAAUAUAUACCAUUUUGGUUAGGCAUCACUGUGCAGGAAGAUGCAUGCUGUAUCUCCUAAGUAAAUAUUAGAUAUCUAACAGUGAUAAGGCAUUGUUUUCAAGGUGCCAUUACUUCAAAGACAUUGGAGAAGAGGUUGCCCCUGAAAGGGGAAGUAUACAAAUGGUGCAGAAUUUGAGUGACUGAUACGAGGACCAUGACAAUUCUUGAAUUUUAAGCAUAUAUGUAUAUACAAUUUUGUGGUCUCUAAUGUAAUUGUUUUCAAAUUUAAAUUGUUUAUGGAUAUCUGAUAAUUAACAAUUUAAAAUGUCUCAAAUGCAAGUCCUCCCGUUUGAUCUGA